AUGACAGCUGCCUCUCUGAAGAAUGCUGCUGUGCAUUUCACUUCUCAACCUCGUUCCCACGGAGAGAAACCUGGGAGCGAGGUUGUUCACUUCCGCAUCUUGCCUUCUUGACGAUCGAUGUUAAUUGAAAGGUAAGUCGCUCAAAAACUGUUAGUGUUCGUUUGGGAAGCAGUGACGUUGGAUCGUUAUGAAUAGCCCCUCACGCAACCCAGGCUAGGGUAGCUUAGGAAACACGCUUUCAGAUAAACAGAACUAGCGUGCACGUUAAAUUUGAUCACGAUCACAUGAAGCUCUUAGCUCGAUGGGCUUCACCAUUUGAACUGAGUGCCAGCUGGGAAGUGCAAGGGUUUUUAACUGGAGUUGCGAAGUUUUAACAUUCAAUUAAAGAGUUAACUGAUAGCCGAAAGUCAACGCUGAUAUUGAGCUGAGAUAAAAAGCUCCUCCACCAUGCAUUAUGCAUUCAGUGCAUCACUACAUCCCUGCAGGCCGUCCUUCUAGCUCCUUGUCAAUGAACGGCUUUGAAACCUCUAAUAGUACAUCGAUGUCUUCAUUAUCAGCACACGUUGACACUCAUCAAAAACUAUGAGCCGGUUUUUUAUUGACUUUUUAUACGGCAGUGGUAUGGAAUGGCUAUAAUCGCUAGCCAUAAUGGCAGAUGCAACAAACAUCGCAGUCGAACAGUGCAUCAUAGGGAGCUAAACCAUAUUUACCCGGUUAUGGUCAUAAACACGGAACCUGAACUGCGGACUAUUCUUUUACAGAAAGUUUUUUUUCAUUUUAACCGUUUUGAGAAACAGAUGGAUACUAGAAAAGUAUAAUAUUUACAUAAGAUCGUGACACUCUUAAGAUCGUGACACUCUUAAAAUAUACAGGCCCAUCGAGGGUCACGGUCGUGUUGCAUUACUCAAGCAUUUCGGGGUCAUCUUUCACCUCAGAAAAACCAAACAAAGCAAACUUUGGCUAAACCCCCAAUCAAGAAAUGCUAGACUCGUUUAUUACUAAAAAUGAAAUUCGCCUAACGUUCAGUUGACAGAGGGAACUCACGAAAACGACUGAUUUUAUAAAAUGUCUGUUCGGAGAAGCAAACUGAUUGCUAUUAUAGAAUUUUGUAUUACUCGAGGACGGCUAAAAAUUUUCGGAUGACUGUUCCGUUCAUAUACAAAUUAGUGAAGCUUAUCUAAUAAAUUCCCUACAAUUUUCUGAAGUUUAAUUUUUCACAUUUCACUCCCCAAAAAUACCGAUGGAGAGAGGAAUUAGAAACAUUCUCACUCUCGUAAAAAUUAAAUUGUAUCUAAAAUUUUCUGGAAAGUAAUACUGAGACUUAAGUUGCCCUAGGAUGACCGCGCCCCCUUAGAAUUCAUUCUAGAGAUCUCAAAGUACUCUGGAUAGCCUAAAAAGUGUUUUCAAUUUAUUUAGGAGGAAACCGUAGAAACAACUCUCUCCAGAAAUGUCUUUUCAUACGCGCCGGAAUGCGUGCUUUGCAUUCAUACUCUCUGAUCCUAGAAGAAAAAGGCCGAAGCGCACUGACCGUUCCACUCGUGUCUAAUAGGAAUUUUCCGUAAUCGGGGCAAAUCCAAUAUGCUGUCCUUCGCCUGCGCUUCUAACUAACAGUUGAUUUCAGUCAGUUUACCCGUGAAGUUAUAUAAUUGGGUCCGGUCCAGACGCCAAACUUUUCAUGACCCGAACCUAAUACAUUGAAUUAAGUACAUGAUAAGUUCGGCGUCUGAAUCAAUGAGGAACGCCUGUUUAAAUUUUCGCCUGGCCCGGCUGGGAAUUUCGCCUUUGGAGCGACUUUGGAACGGCUUUGAUUGUGGCGCCGAACUUUUCAUGUACCGAACCUAAUGCAUAAAUUAUUAUAACGUAUUUUGUAAGGAGUUUGAUCGAAAUGAGCAUUUUUCUCCCUUAGAAUUUAGUUCGGCUGAAAUUAAGAUCGGCGUCUGAAUCAAUUCACUCGGUCUAAAUAAUUUGGGUCGGCCUUGAUUCGAAUUAGGUUCGGCUCAUCAAAAGUGCGGCUUCUGAACCGGGCCUUAGACCGGCUAAUGGGUCACUAAUCUUAGAUCAUCGUACGGACCAGUCGCGCUUUGCCAUUCAUAGAGGAUAUAUAUGCGCUGGUUUACUUUGUUUUAAAUCUGACUAGCUUAUAUAUCCUCCGAGCUUUCUGGAUGAAAACAACCUCUGAUUAUAUAUAUACAAACUAUCGAAUUCUUCCCCUUUCUUGUUUUUCUACUAGCAAGUGUUAUACUUUAGUAUGGCAGCAGCAGGACCCUCUAAGGCUUUCGUUCAACUGACCUCUCCAGAAGAAGGAAACUGGCUUUCCCUCGGACGCGCUUUGACAUCAGUUCUUUGUCAAGGUCUUCGUCCCUAUAUUCAACGAGAGAUGGAUCUUUUCUAUAGCAAUGUAAUAGCCGCAAUGACGGCACUACGCGCUGGACCGUGCACCUGUGUCUAUGAUCAGAGUAGAAAAAAGAACCAUUACCACGAUAUGAGCACGUGUGCAUGGGCACAAAUUUUACAGGGGGUUCACAUUGUGAACAAGCCGAACUGGAAGCAAAGUGACUCCUCCAAUUGGAUUGACCCCAGUAAAGGUAAAUGGGAAAUAGCUAAACUUUUUCUUCCUGAUAUUGGGUUACAUAUCGUGAUCGAGAGCGUCGAAGACCUGGACAUCACUGGAAUUCUGAAUCUGUUGUACUGGUGCAAUCAUUUUCUUGUUCAGCGACCACUGAUUGAAGAUGUCCGAGAAACCAGAAACACAAAAUGGGUACAUGUUCCGAAGUUAGAGUUGAACGACAAGGAAAAACGUGCUGCCUUUCAAACAAUCGAGAAACUUCUUCAAGAUCCAGUGUUUGUUGGGGAUGUAGAUGUUCAGAACGCUCUUCAGGACAUUUUAGCCUUGAAAUGCACUUCAGAUGUGCAAAUAUUCAAAGCCGAGGUCCUAUCUCAAUUCAAGGAGGCAAUUCGAAGCGACAUGUUAAACCUUAAAAGUGAGAUGAAGUCGUUAAGAAAGGAAGCCAAGAAAAACGAAAAACAGCGGGCACGCGUGGAAGGUCAACUACGUAACUUAAAAACGUCUUUCAAGAAGGUGGAGCAAAAAAAUGAAACAACUACUUUCUCAAGUCUUGUCCAGCCAAUUCCGAAACUACUAAUGACCAUCACCAUUUUCCUUUCGAGAGCUGUGGGAAGCAUCCAACAAAAAUCUUUCAAAGAUUGCCUAUACUUAUUAAUCCUGUUUUGUUGCAUUGGAAUUCUAGAUGAAAGCCCAUAUAAGGACGGUAAGUUGGGGUAAAAUUCGUUUUUCAUUUGUUUGUUUGUUUGUUUUUUGUGUCCCACUGACAUUUUCAUGCAGACUCUCUUUUCCUCGUAUUAACCCUUUGACGACCGCUUUGUUCGUUUUUGUUCCAUAUGGAACGAAAGUGUUCGUUCAUGGACCUAUUUAACUAGCUUUCAGUUGAAUAGAAUGGUAAAAUCAAUGAAUCAGCAAGGAUCAAUCUUUGCAGAGGUAAGGCAAACUUCGGGCAGUUCUGACAGAAUUACACGCAAAAGCCGAAGCGCUUUCGUGGAAAGUUAGCCGGUCAAAAUUCCGUGCGAAAAAAGACGAUAAAGUGGCCAACAAAACUAGAUAUAAAAAAGAAAGGCAUGCAAAGGGGAAAAAGAGAGCGAGAAACAAAGAUCAAAAAAAUAUUCACAAGCGCACAUGCUGUUAACUUACAUGAUAUGCCUUAAGCAGUGUAAAUGUCUUUUUAGCCGUCCCAGCGCUAACGGACAGAAAACUGGUCGAAAAAGGAAAAUGUGGUAUUUUCUCUACUCUCUGGCAGUCGAUAAGGCUAAAAGGUGUCCGCUAACGGGAGGUUCGAGUGUACUAGCGAAGUGUAACUUGCUUCUUGACCAAGACAAUGUAAGUUUUUGUUACAUCUCGUGGACAUAUUACCCGGCCGCGGAUUGGCUAGAAUUCGUGUAGCGUCUACAACGGUAAAAUGGCAAGCAAUGAACUUGAAGCUAUAAACAUUAGUAAAGGCCCAGAAAUCCGUUGCUGUACGAGAAAAGGACAGACUUCGGGCAGAGGUUCCCGCGCUGAAGAAUCUUUCGGAUUUCGCUCCUGCACUCUCCUUGCGCAGCAGAGAUCCAAAAACGCCAUGUUGAACCUCUGCGGAAAUGCGAGGCCUCUGUCCGCAACCCUACUCUAAUUUCAAUAGAGUUUGUAAUCAUACUAUACGAUUUUAUUCCACAGGCUGUCCCACAGAGGCGGUUGGAGUUCUUUUUGACACCAAAGAGUUUAACUUUACCCAUUACCUUGAUGAUUCUCGAGAUAAUUUUAUUGGUCGUCAAUGGUUAUUUCAAUUGAUGGAGAAUUCCUUCUACCCUUCACGCCAGGAUGUGUCUGGAGUCUUGAUUACUGGAGAGCCUGGACUUGGAAAGUCUGCUCUGACUGCACAAUUAAUCUGCUCCCGAAAGUCUGGUCGGACCUUCUACGAUCACAUUCUUGGGUACCACCUCUGUAGACGGUCUGAGAGAAAUACACAGAACGGAGGCAAGUUUGUUCGAAACUUAGCCGAUAUGAUAGCUCGCAGACUUCCGGAAUAUGGGUACAUGGUUGUCGACAAUUCCCAAGUUCAGCAAUCACUAAACAAUGACUGUGUCACCAAUAAAGAUUUUGUUCGUUGUUUCCAAGAGGCAAUAUUGAAACCUUUAGAACUUUUGAAGAAUAAACCGAAAGAGAACUGGUAUAUUGUCAUUGAUGCCUUAGAUGAAUGCGUCACCCAGAGUGAAACAGCUCGCAGUAUUGUUCAUUUGCUUGAUAAGAAGCUUCGAUUUCCAUCAUGGCUAAAACUUGUGAUGACUUCUCGCAAUGAAACUAGCUUUUCCAUGAGUUCGAACGACUUCAUUAAGCUAAAAAUUAACCCUGACGAUAAUCGAAAUAUACAGGACAUUGAAACUUUUUUGGUGGGAAAGCUUUUCGAAGAUGAUCCUUUAAUUCGUCGAAUAAAAUUGUGGUUCGGAGAUAAUAGCACAAGAAACACCUCACGAUUGAUAUCUGCCCUGUUGAGCAAAAGUCAAGGUAAUUUCCUGCUCGCUAAGGGGACGCUUCAUCUUUGGGAAACCUCCAGAGCUGAAAUAAUUCAUCCUUACUCACUGCCUGAAACAUUAAGAGAAUUGUACAAAAGACAAUUUGAAGGAUUGUACAGUCGACCGGAAAAGUUUGAACCUAUACGCCGAGUGCUUGAAUUACUUGUGGCAACUUUGGAACCAAUCUCUGAAAAAGAGAUUUUCGAUAUUCUCAGAAGGAAAGAGAAUCUUAAAGAAGCUAGUAGGUUGAAAUAUAGAAUGAAUGAGCUGGGGCAUCUUUUGAGAUACGAAGAAAACGACAGAGUGACAAUUUAUCAUCCAUCGUUAACAGAAUGGCUCACAAGUGAAAGCAAUGCAAAUGGCCCAUUUUAUGUCAACGAGAAGAAGGGACACGAAAUGUUUUGUGACUAUUAUUUUUGCUUAAUUACCGAUGGACCCAAGUCCUCAUUGCCAGAAUACAUUUUCAACUUGGCACAACACAUUGCUCAUGGCAGUUGGAAAAAAGAUUUCAGCAAAAAAAUUCUCAGUGUCCCUUCAAAGGUUUUUGAUUCAUCAGAUCCUACAAUUAAUAGGACUUUGUUGCACCUUGCUGCUACGAUAAACAGCACAGAUGCAUUGGAUCUAUUGUUGCGUCAUGUUGGGUACGAUGAUUACCUUGACAAUCGUGGAAUAACCCCUGCGUUUUUGGCGGCAGAGCAUGGUCUUGUGCAUAACUUGGCCUUAAUGGUAAAGAAAGGAGCCAAUAUUCAUCAUAAAACAAAGUCUCUCUCGUCUACCUACACACUACAAGGAAACGAGUCUGUAGAAUCUUACAAUAUUAGUGUUAGGUGUAAUCCAGUGUUUCAAUGUAAAUCAAAGUUAUUUUCCUCUACAUUGCUUCAUGUAGCAGCUCAUGGAGGUCACUUAGAAGUAAUUAACUUUCUCAUUGACAAUGGAGCGAACAUUUCGACGGUCAAUGGUGUCCAACUGACUGCAUUACAGAUAGCUGCCGAGAGAGGACAUGUGGAGGUUGUUAAGACAUUAUACGAAGCAGGCGCCGUUCCUGAUCAAACUGCCCUCCAUCAUGCGGCAGCAAACAAUAAGUUAGAAGUUGUCAAGUACCUUUUACAAACUGGUGUUACAGAUAAAUGCAUGAGAUGCGAUGGGUCUUUCUACUGGCUAAAAGGGAAACAACGCUUGCAAAGGGAUAAUUUUUCUCCUCCACCUUUUGUUCAAUAUAAAGAAUGCAUUCACUCAAACUCGAAGAUAAUACAUUAUGAGUUCCUGUUAGCGAAUGGAAGCACUAAGGAUAAAGAAGGAGAACUUUAUGACGACAAACAUCUUAUAUUCUGUGAAACUGCGCUUCAUGCAGCGGUCUCAGCUGGCCAUGAAGCGGUAGUCAGGGAGCUAGCUUCCAACCCAACUACAGCGUUAGGCUGCCGGGAUUAUUCAGGAAGGACUCCGUUCCACGAAGCAGUCCGAAGACGUAACAGCCGAAUAGUAGACUUGUUGCUUUUGAAAGAUCCAAAACUGGUAUAUGAAACUUGCAAACAUUUACAAAGUUUCCAUGAUCAUAUUUCUCCAAAGGCACGGAAUUCACCGCAACUGCGUUUUGAAGAAGUUGCUGAGUAUGAAAAAGAUAUAUGUCACUGCGGAUAUACCCCUCUUCAUGUAGCAGCUCGAUACGGGCAUACUGAAAUCGGGUUACACCUAAUCAGUGCUGGCGCAAAAGUGGAUGCUCCAGACUGCCAAGGCGCGACUCCUCUUCAUGUAGCUGCUUGUCAUAAUCACAUAGCUUUUGUCCGUGCCUUAGCCCAUACAAACAUUGGCGCUAAUGUAAACGGCAAGAGUUUCAAUGGAUCAACACCCCUUCAUAGCGCGGCAGCAUGUGGUGCAGUGGAGGUUAUUGACUACUUGCUUUACCUUGGAGUCGACGUUACUGCGGUUGACGAUGGUAACCUCUCACCAUUACAUUAUUCAAUUCUCCAUAUACGACCACUUAAUCUUGAAGGACAACUGCAUAGAACCGAUUCGUGUGGUGUGACAUUUCACGUAACAGUAUUUGACCGCAGAGAUCAUCAUCUUUGUGUGGACGCUAAUCUUAUCUACGUCAAUAACAAUAAUCGAUGGUUCAUUUCAUUUAUUCACUUAAUCGAGCAUGGUUCAAUCAUAAAUGCAGUCGACUUAUAUGGACGAACGCCUCUGCAUUUAGCAUCAGCGAAUGGUUUGGCUGAUGCCGUCAUUUUUCUUUUGAGUUGGGGGGCUAAGCUUGAAAUCCGUGAUAAGUUUGGCAAAACGCCAAUGGAUGUGGCGGUGGAAAAUUGCACUGAAGAACCAACUAAUACUCCGUUUGUUAUCGGCAAACGUUUCCUCGACUUGCCACAGCAUUUACGAGACAAUGGGAUGGUUGUUUAUGUACUUUUUUCACAUGGAGCCCAAUUCAAGAAAUGCGAGAGUAAUAGUACGAGUUUGUUACACCAUGCUCUUGCGAAAAAACAGCCUUAUAUAGCUCAACUCUUGUUGUUUAAGGGAGCUAGAGUUCAUUGCAAAGAUAGUUCUGGAAAGACACCCGCUUUAGCUUUCAUUGCUAAUGGUGGAGGUUGGACAGAUAUCCUUUUGAAACACUUACAUGAUUCCACCACAAUUAAAUGUGGAGAGCCUUUUAUCUCAUCAGUCUUUCAUUUGUUUUGUUUUUUCCCCCCAAAGCGUCAAGAUAAUAAUUUCUUUCAACAAAUAAGAUGUAAAAACCAUGUUUGUUUAUCGAGGAAAAGUCCCCUUAAAAGAGCUAUGAAAAGGCAUCGAUUGAAGAACAAAAUAAUUGAUUCUUGUCUAGACGCAGAGGGUUUUACGCCCCUUCACAGAGCUGCACAGGGAGCCAACUUAAUAGGUGUUCUCAGCCUUCUAGAGCUUGGUGCAAACUCGUCCUUAUUGUCUCCACAAGGAUAUGACGCGAUUACCCUUGCAAUACUGCACUCAGGAGGAGGCAUUUGGCACUUUCAUGACAAAAAGGAACUGAUAGCUAGGAACGAUAACGCAUCUCUUGUGGCUCUCGAGCUCCUUCAUCAUGCCAUGAAAACUCGUAGUUUCCAGAUUGUAUGUGACUCGAGCAAAUCCGAAAUGACUUUGUACCAUUUGGCAGCUUCUCGAGGGCUGGUUAAGUUCAUACAAGAAAUAUUAAAAGAAAAGGAACGCCAUCAGUUAGACGUGAAUUGUCCUAACAAAGACGGGGUCACGCCACUUUACUUAGCGGAAGUUUUUAGCUUUGAAAUAAGUGAUAGCAGUUAUAAUCCAUGGAGAGAGGUCGCGACGAUAAUUAAGGAACAUGGCGGUAAAAUGGUGUUUCUAGCAAAGGAUGCUGAAUAUACAAUCAUCUAUGAGAGGUUGUACGGUUGGAUUCCCAACGGUCUGGAAUUCAGUUUAAGGCCUGACGUCCGUGGUUUCGUACUUGGGUUUCGGUCUGAAUUCCAGGACAGGCAGAAUAGUCUAAGGCCGUGUAAAUGUAGCUGGGAGGCCUGGUUGGAUAAUGUCAGCGUUUUAUCCUCGUCGUUUGAUGCGGUGAUUGGUGAGAUAACACUUCAGAUACGAUUAUUAACCCGAAAAAUCCUUUUUGUAAAACCCCUUCGGUCUGAGAGAGAAGCCUAUGUGUCGUUUUUCAAGGACAUACAAAAGUGUUUCAGUCAAAUUAAACAAGGGUAUUCUACCAUGUACUUAAAAAGAAUACUCAACACAGGUUUUCUUAUUAUAAAAACUAGGUAUGGUGUUUCUAAAUUUAAAGCGAGGUACAAAAAACUUUUGAGGAUCUCUCGGGAGAUGUUGUUCUACCUGAUGAGGUGGUGGCACCUGAGAAUGUUCCAAGAGAAUGGUUGUCUUAUGAGUGUGCUUGACAAAUAUCGACCGAUUCUGUUGGACGAGAAGAAAUUAACUCAACUCAUUACAGAGUUUACAAGAAGUAGUCUUGACUGGGUUUUGGAAGUGAUUUGCACAUUAAUUAAAUUUGUGUUUGACACUUAUAGAGUAAGUGAUUUGUGCAACAGUGGCAUCCUUGAAUCAAGUUAUAUAUUACAUAAUCGGUAUUCACACUUCAUGAGAAAUCGAAUGGGUUGGACUGCUGAUCAUACUAACACCUGGCCAUUAGACUUCCUUUUUAAGUUUUCCUUAGGUCUCUACCAUCAGUAUAAAUACUUAAAAAUACUCAUUGUUGGAUUGGAACAAGGAACUCGUCUUGAACUCCAUUCUGAAAAGUUUGAGUGGGAGUUGAGAGGGGUAAUGAAAACGUACAGUGCCAGAUUUUGUUCCUAG